AUGGCUCCCUUGCUAUCGAGUUUCCAACAGGUCCGAGGAGCCAAAAGCAACCCCCAGGCGCAAGGUAAAAAGGCGAAGGGAAAGGCCAAGAAGGAUAAAAAGGGCCCCAGAGAUUUCAAGCAGAAGGACCUGAAGGAUAUGGAGCAGUUCGCGCUCUGUGAUGCGAUAAGGUAUAUUCGUGCCUUCGAAGUUGGAAGAGAACCAACGAUCUCGAAAUAUGAGAUCCACAUCCGCCUUAGAACGAAGCGAGACGGACCCGUCAUCCGUAACAUGCUCAGAUUUCCCCAUUCCGUCCAGACCGAAUCGCGGAUCUGCGUUGUGUGCCCAUCAGGAUCAAGACACGAGAAGGAGGCCCGCGCGGCCGGGGCUGUUUUGGUAGGAGAAAGUGAUGUUUUCGAUGCAGUCAAGGCUGGCAAGAUUGAAUUCGACCGUUUGAUCUGUCACCCCGACAGCCUGGACGCUUUAAACAAAGCUGGACUUGGUAGGAUUCUGGGUCCUAGAGGUUUGAUGCCAAGCGUCAAAACGGGCACUGUGGUCGAAGAUGUGGCUUCCAGAGUUGAGAUGCUCCGCGGUGGUACCGUUUACAGGGAGCGUGAUGCUGUCAUCCGUCUCCCCAUCGGGCAAUUAGCAUUCUCUCCCGAGCAAUUGAGGGACAAUCUGCGCGCUACGAUCGAGCAGGUCAAGAAGGAUGCGGCUGCCCUCAAUGACCGCAUUGUGAAGGAGAUCCAUGAAGUUGUUCUGAGCUCGACCAACGGCCCCGGCUUCAGUUUGAAUGGAGAAUUCACAUCCGAAAAUUCCCCCGAUCCCGCAUCUUUGCGCGGCCUGUAA